AUGCGAGCGACCAGGCGAGCGGCCAGGCGAGCCGGCGCUCACAGCCGGCGCUCACAGUCGGCGCUCAAAGCCGAACGCCCAGCUGAGCGGCCAGCCGACGCUCAGAGCCGGCAUUCAGAGCCGGCGCUCAAAACUGGCACUCAGAACCGACGCCCAGAGCUGGCGCUCAAAGCCGAGCGGUCAGUCGAGUGGACAGGCGAGCGGCCAGACGAAUGGCCAGGGCCGGCGCUCAGAGCCGGCGUUCAAGCCGCUCAAGCGGUCAGGCGAGCUGCCAGGCGAGCGGUAUUGCGAGCGGCCAAGCGGGCCGGCGCUCAGGGCCGGCGCUCAGGCCCGGCACUCAGAGCCGGCGCUCAGAGCAGGCGCUCAGAGCCGGCGCUCGGAGCCGGCGCUCAGAGCAGGCGCUUAGAGCUGGCGCUCACAACCGGCGCUGACAGCCGACGCUCAGGGCCGGCGUUCAGAGCCGGCGCUCAGAGCUGGCGCUCAGAGCCGGCGCUCAAGCCGCACUCAGAACCGACGCCCAGAACCGGCGCUCAAAGCCGAGCGGUCAGUCGAGUGGACAGGCGAGCGGCCAGACGAGUGGCCAGGGCCGACGCUCUGAGCCGGCACCCAGAGCCGGCGCUCAAGCCGCCCAAGCGGUCAGGCGAGCUGCCAGGCGAGCGGUAUUGCGAGCGGCCAGGCGGGCCGUCGCUCAGGGCCGGCGCACAGGCCCGGCACUCAGAGCCGGCGCUCAGAGCAGGCGCUCAGAGCCAGCGCUCAGAGCCAGCGCUCAGAGUCGGUGCUCAAACCCUGCGCUCAGAACCGUCGCUCAGAGCCUGCGCUCAGAGCCGGCGCUCAAAGACAAAGCGGCCAGGCGAGCGGCCAGGCGAGCGGCCAGGCGACCGGCGAGGCGAGCGGCCAGGCGAGCGGCCAGGCAAGCGGCCAGGCGAGAGGCCAGGGGAGCUGCCAGGCGAGCGGCAAUGCGAGCCAGCGCUCAGAGCAGGCGCUCAGGGCCGGCGCUUAGACCCGGCGCUCAGAGCCUGUGCUCAAAUUCAGUGCUCAAAGCCGGCGAUCAAAGCCUAA